AUGAGUACAAGAAAUACAAAAAAUAAUACAAAUAAAAAAUUAACUACAUAUAAUAAUAAGAAACAAAAGGAAGUAAUUACUCAAAAGGAAGAAGAUAUUCAAGACAAUCUUAAUAACCUUUUAAAUAAUGAUAUUACUACUGUACAGAAUAAAAAUACAGGUGUCAAGCGAGGUUGCAAGAAAAAGCAACAAGAAAUAGUUGAUUCUUUACCUCCUUUAUCUUUAAAUAAUAAUAGUAUUGAUAAUCAGCAAAGUAAAAGUAAAAGAAGUUAUAAGAGAAGACAAAAAGUUGAUCUUUUAUUACUACAAACUAUUGCUGAACUCUUAAAAGAUGAUGAACAAAACUCAAGAUUAAUAUCAAUCCUAGAGCCAGAAGCUAAUUUUCAAGAAUAUAUUCCUUUAAAUACAACUGUUCAAUCAAGAACGAUGUCAACAGUUGAUUCAAGAACAAAUAGUCCAAUUGAUGAUUUUUUAUCUGUUUAUAAAUUGAUGAGUUUGGUGUUGGAUGAUUUGGGCAUUUCUGGGUUUUCCUUGGUCUUUCUUUUACAAAAUAUCAGAUUAGAAUCUUUAGUCUUUAGAAAAUGUCGUAUAUUAUCACUUGAAUUAAUUCAAUCUAUUCUUAAAGCUUCCAUUAGACUAAGGUUUUUGUAUCUUAGUGAUUUACCAAAAGAUGUUAUAAAAGCUAUCAUCAUUAAAGCGUGUGAAGUGUUAGAACAAGUUUUGAUUAAAUUUAGAUCAGAAGAUAUUAGCGAGGGACUUGAAACAUUGGUGAAUUAUUGUCAAAACAUUACUCACUUAUCCUUAAGCACUUAUACUGGACAAGUUGAUAUAGCAAGC